GUGACUUCAAUGCGGUUCCCUUGAUUGCCGGCUAUACAAAUAAUGAGCAAGUUUUGGCGUACAUGGAGGCUACCGAUGAUCAAAAAACAGAAGGUGAACUCUCUCCAGAAAAUUUUGAAAUGAUGAUCACAGACGAGUUCUCAUCAGUAAUCCGAAAUCCGAAUGAAAACAGUACGUGCGAGUUAAAGCCCGAAAUGGUGACAAACGCAGUAUUGUUCUUCUAUAAGCCAUACCCACCUACGAUAAAUACAACAGUGUUUCGUGAUAGAUACCUAAAUUUUCAAACGGAGAAGAAUUUUGCAGCUGGUCUUACACUGUUGGCUGGUAAAGUGGCAAGACAUAAAUCGAAGAAAGCUUUCGUUUACCGAUUCGAUUACCGUCCCAAGACGCAAUCGGUCAUGAAAGACGUGCCGGAAUGGGCAGGCGUACCGCACAUGUUCGAGCUUCCAUUUGUCUGGGGUUUAACACAUCUGACAGGCAGUAACAUAACGCAGUGGCAAUACAACGACAAGAAACAGUCGGAGAUAAUAAUGUUAAUGCUGACAAUAUUUGCCAAAAGCGGCAAUCCUUCUAUAACAUCGUACAAGUGGGAGCCCUUCACACAAGAAAAUCCAAGAAUAUUGAUUAUCGAUAAGAAUAUUGAAAUGGAUAAGCCAAACAUGGUAGAUUAUAAAGCACUCGCGUUUUGGAAUGAUUAUUAUCCGCUAGUCGUAGAAGAUGCAACAAAUAUUUGUUGUAAUGUCACAAACACGGCAACAACAUGGAAAAUAUUUUUUCAUAACAUGUGUUUCAACGGUGUGAUAGUUAUUGCGACAUUGUAUCGCUUGUGUUUAUAACUAAUGAUCACUGUGUA